AAAGAAUCAAAUACAAUGGAAAAAGAAGUAGAAGUAGUAGCAUCAGACUCAGUUUCAAACCAAAACCAAAACAAUAACAAUGAAAAUCAACACCAAAACCCACUCACCGAACCUUCAUCUUCAACCAUCACUUUCCACUCUCCUUCUCCUCCUUCCUCUUCACUACGAACCCGCAAAUCCCCUUCGCCUCCGCUUCACUCCAUCUCCGACUCUUCGAUUUCCUCUGGCCACUCCUCCACCGGCCACGUGUCCUCUUCGCCGUCGCCGCCGAGGAAGUCUCCAGCCGUUUCCUCGCCGGAAUCCUCGAUCUCCGAUGGCCACUUCUCCCUCCGCGACGAAGCCACUCCAAUCGAAGACCAAAGGUUCCCUCCUGUGCCGGCGCCGGUGCCGGUUGUGGUGGCUCAUCGGUUCCAGGUGGAGCCUAACGUGGUCACCAGGGUAGAUCCCGGAGCGGAAGAGGGUUUCAUCGGCGUCAAUGAUGUCAAACAAGCCUCCGCAGGUGAUGGCAAUGGCAACGGCGGCGGCGGCGGCGGCGGCGGAACUAAUCGGCGGUUGAGACCAGAUGUGAUGAGUAUGUUGAGGUCUAAGAAAAUAGCGAUGUGGAGCAAAGUUCUGCUGAGUCUUCGAAUCGCCACUUUUGCAUCCUGUUUGAUGUCUCUCUCAGUAUUGGCUGCCGAUAAGCGAAAGGGCUGGGCACAGGACUCUUUCUAUAGAUACAAGGAAUUCAGGUACAGCUUGUCAGUGAAUGCUAUUGGGUUUAUGUAUUCCGCAUUGCAGAUAUGUGAUCUAGUGAAGUACAUUUUCACAAGAAAGCACAUUGUGGAGCACCAGCUGAGGGCUUUAUUCAGUUUUGUAAUGGAUCAGAUCUUGACAUAUCUUCUAAUGUCGGCAUCAUCAUCGGCUGCCACUAGAGCUUAUGACUGGGAGUCCAAUUGGGGUAAGGAUAAAUUCCCGGACAUGGCAAAUGCAUCUGUGGUUUUGUCCUUCGUGGCCUUUGUGGCCUUCGCCUUCACCUCACUUGUAUCAGGUUCUAUCCUUUGUAGGUUUAGAUAGUUUAUGCAGUUUUUCUUUGCUUCACAGUCUCCUGUUAUCCUAUCCUAUCAUGUGUACAUUCCGGUAGUUUAUGCAACUCUUAGUUGCUAUGGUGGCCUUUCCCCAACAAUCUUGCAUCAGGUUCCAUCCUUGUAGUUUCAGAUAGCUUUACAAACAUUAUGCAAUAUUGUAUAUAAAUAUGUGGGUUGAUUGUUGUUAUAUCAGUUUUGGAAAUGGCAUGUGCCCAAUGUUCUGAAAGAAGAUUUGCUAUGUAAAAAUAGGAAAUUUUUAGUUAUGUCAAUCUUGUACUAGGAUUGACUAUUGAGAUGCUUAGUUCAUUUGCAUGUCA